AUGGAACCUCCUAAGGCUGCUUCCGAGGAGUCCGCGAAGCUCGACCCCGAUCAAAAUCCCACGACCCUAUCCAAAGAGGACAUCAGACGACUCAUCAGACACACGCUGAAGAUCUCGGACGAUCUUGUUCUCGCCUGGCAUUUCCAAACGAAGAAUCAAAUCAAGAAGAUCAAGCAACGCGAAUCGGACAUUCAGCGUGCUUCAGAGUUGUUGCUCAAGUUGCAUGAGGACAUCGCUCGCUGGACCUCGAAGAAGCUGGAAGCCUCUGCGAAUCUCAAGGAGCUGGAAUCGUUGGUUGAGCUGAUGAAGCCAGGCCUGAAAGCGCAAGGGCUAGACUAG